CAACCGCUACCCAAUCGCGACCGUUAGAUGUGGCCGGGGCGAGUUCGGUGGUACCAAAGAGGAGAGAAAUCUGAGCGGCUGUACCGGGUGAUGUGAAAAGUCAUAAUAUCACAUUCAAACCUGGCGUUUCCGUCGCAUGCUUCGACCUGUCACGGGGAAAUGAGAACCACCAUUUAUCAGAGGGUGAUGGGCUCGUCUGAUCAGUGAGUGAGAUCUGGGCCAUUGUGACUACUUGUGGAGCCUUGUCGCGACAUCUGAUUGACAGCAGAACCUCCAGUUUACCUCCUUCUGUGUGGCACUGUUAUCGCCACCUCCGGAGUCCCUGAAGGAAGAACAUCACUGAGGGAUCCGAAGCCUCCCCACCACACACUUCCUUGCCAGACUCCCCCAGUACAUCGCCUCACCCUCACCUCCCCAAGAGGGAGAGAACAGCAGCCACCAUGGUGCUGUCACAGAGACAGAGAGAUGAACUAAAUCGGGCCAUAGCAGACUAUCUCCGUUCCAAUGGAUAUGAGGAGGCCUAUUCUACCUUCAAGAAAGAAGCAGAGAUAGACAUGAAUGAAGAGGUAGAUAAAAAGUAUGCAGGGCUUUUGGAAAAGAAAUGGACCUCAGUCAUCAGAUUACAGAAAAAGGUGAUGGAGUUGGAGUCCAAGUUAAAUGAAGCAAAGGAGGAGAUGACACAUGGUGGAACUGUGGGUCAGAAGAGAGACCCCAAAGAGUGGAUACCCCGUCCCCCAGAGAGAUACGCCCUGAGCGGGCACCGCGCUCCAGUCACACGUGUCAUAUUCCACCCAGUCUUCUCUGUCAUGGUCACUGCCUCAGAGGAUGCAACCAUCAAGGUGUGGGACUAUGAGGCAGGUGACUUUGAGCGAACUCUGAAGGGUCACACAGACUCAGUGCAGGACAUCUCCUUUGACCAGACAGGGAAGCUGUUGGCUUCAUGUUCAGCUGACAUGAGCAUCAAACUCUGGGACUUCCAGGGUUUUGAGUGUAUCCGAACAAUGCAUGGCCACGAUCAUAACGUGUCGUCCGUAGCCAUCAUGCCAAAUGGUGACCACAUAGUGUCUGCCUCCAGGGACAAGACCAUCAAGAUGUGGGAGGUGGCCACUGGGUACUGUGUGAAGACCUUUGCAGGCCACAGGGAGUGGGUGAGGAUGGUGCGCCCCAAUCAGGAUGGCUCAUUGAUCGCUAGCUGCUCCAACGACCAGACAGUGCGUGUCUGGGUGGUCGCUUCAAAAGAGUGCAAAGCUGAGUUGCGGGAGCAUGAACAUGUGGUAGAGUGUAUCUCCUGGGCUCCUGACACUGCUCACCCCACCAUCCUGGAGGCCACAGGCUCAGAGAACAAGAAGAGUGGAAAGCCUGGUCCCUUCCUUCUUUCUGGAUCCAGAGAUAAAACCAUUAAAAUGUGGGAUGUCAGCAUUGGUAUCUGCCUUAUGACUCUGGUGGGACAUGACAACUGGGUUCGUGGUUUGUUGUUUCACCCUGGAGGAAGAUUCAUAGUGAGCUGUGCUGAUGACAAAACCAUUAGGAUCUGGGACUACAAGAACAAACGUUGCAUGAAGACCCUGUUUGCCCAUGAACACUUUGUUACCUCUCUGGAUUUCCACAAGACUGCCCCCUACGUGGUGACGGGCAGCGUUGAUCAGACAGUCAAAGUGUGGGAGUGUCGCUGAGACCACCUCCAUCUUCUACGCUUCCUUCUCCUCGAGCUUACCUUAACCCUCCUCCCCUCUGUCCUGACACCCAGCCUCUCACCUCUCGCACUACAGUACGAACCGUAGUUGACCAUGGCGCUUUAUCUUCUCCCCACGCCCCACCCCACCCCUCCUCGUUCCUUAGCUCCUCCCCUACAUCAGUUCCAGUCCUAUUAAGAUGACUAUUGUCCUUUUAUGUAAAUUAUUCUGGAUGUAGGGUACGCUUAAUAAAUGUCACGCAAUCUCUGACACAUAAACACACUCAGAAGAUAAGAAGUAUUCCUUGCAUGGUGAAACAAAAAAAAUUGUAUACUGUUAAAUUUGCCGAAUUUGCAUACCGUUGUCAUGACUUCCUGUCGGGUAUAAGGGUAAAUAUCCUUGUGUGCUGGCUCAGGAGUCUUUCGGGUUAACUGACAGUGCACGAAAACCAAUGGCGCCCCACAUUGAAGGGGUUUAGGUUUAUUUUUCCUUUUGAGUUUAGUAUUGUUUUACUCCAUGCCUCCAUUGUUGUGGUCUGUCACUGCACAGAUGCUGAUAGAGAAGAUGUGUAAUAAGUGAACGAAUGAGUGGAAGCUGUCCAGGAGGAGAAGAUGACAUGUUGAAGGAAAAAAUGAAGCGCGCAGCUUCAUAGUUGAAUCACAUGAGGUUCUGUGGGUGAGUGUAUGUGUACAUGUGUGUAUACAUGGUGUGUGUGUGCGUGCGCGUAUUUGUAUAUUACGACAGGAGAAUCUCUCCACUGUCUGCUUUGAUUGUCAGAGGAAAGACAGAGAGGAGGUAAAGCUUCUCACCCACUGUGUUCAUUCAUUCAUUCAUUCUACUUCAUCUCUUUUAACAAACUUGCUUUCUAGACACUCACAGGACCUUAACAAUCCCUAAGCUGCUGAGAGCACAGACACACACACACACACACACACCCCCCAUUCGCAAACGUGUGUUUUACAAAGGAAAAUGUCUGCUCACCUUUUAUGAGAUUUGUGUGUGAGUGUGUACUUCGCCGAGAAGAAUCACCCGGUGCCCUCUUGUUCGCUAUCUCUGCCUUGUUAACCCACUGAGGGCGUCCUCAUGGGAUUUUCAUUCAGCUUUCUGUGGUGUCACUGCUCUCUUUACACACACACAAACACAUACACUCACAAACGCACACACACGCACAGUAAAAGUUGUGUAUCAAUAUAUCUGGAUGUCAUUGUUUGCAACAUAAUGAAAUAAAAUUCUGUAAAUAUAA